AUGAGCCGCUCCCUCGAACAAACCCUCCUCUCCCUCCUCCCAACCCACAACACCGCCCUCCUCCCGGAACCCCUGACCCUCCUCGCCAGCUCCCUCCUCGCCCAGUCCCGCCACCGCGCCAGCACCCUCAAAGCCGAAGAAGAAGUCGCGCGCCAAUACGCCUGCGCCCACCUGGCCUGCGACCGCCUCAAGACCGUCCUCGACCUGCCCCCCAUCGACCCGCGUCCGCCGAUCCUGCCGCGGAUUUAUAAGCGGUUGUAUAGUCAUCUUGAUCGGAUUCUGCCUGCUACGGCUGUCACGCCGUCAUCUGCGCGGAAUUCUCCGGGCGGUGCGUCAGUAGUAGGGAGUGCUGGACGGGUGCGCACCCCGGCGUCCAAGUUGCGGGAGCAGUUACAUGGCCGAGGGAAUCAUGGGCAGCUCUCACCGCUCGCGGGGAAGUCAACAGGGAGGAAACCCGCCGAAAAAGAAAAAUCUCUCGCCGACCUCCGCGGUACAACAACCACAACCACAACCCCCUCUAAACACAACCAUAACACAACAACAUCACCAACAACAACAUCACAGAGUAAUUCUCCCCUCCCCCGCUGGAUCCUCCCCACCCUCCGGCUCCUCCUCAUCCGCGUCGGCCCCCCCACCAUCGGCCCCGUCGUCGCCUCGGCCCUCGAAUCCAUCAUCACCCCAUCCUCAUCCCUCACAAAGGACGCCUGGGUCCUGGAUAACCUCCCCGCUACGCUGGGGGCGCUGUAUAUCUAUGUCUGGCGUGGCGUGACCUGGCCUUCACCCUCUCACAGCACCGGGGGGGAAGACAGAUGGGAAGGGUGGAGGGAGGUGGGGGUCAGGGAGCUGGAUGCGGCGGCUGUGAGGGGGGCGGAGAGCGGGUGGUUUUUGAUGGAGUGGGUGGAUGGAGUGGGGGAUUUGGUGGAGAGGGAGCGGGAGAGGGUGUUGGAGGGGGAUGAGCUGGGGAGUGAUGAUGGUGAGGAGGAGGAGGGUGGUCGGGAAGGGGGGCGUAUUCGGAGGGUGGACUCGAUGUUUCGGGAGGAGUAUGAUUAUUUGAGUGAGCGGAAGCGCAAGGCGUAUGCUGCGUGGGAAGAGGGGAUAUUCAAGAGGAUCAAGGCGUUAGAGGCAUAA